AUGAAGCUUUCCUCCCCUCUUGCUGUUUUCCUCUUCCUUUCUGGAGGCGUCGCUGCCUACCAGUACAUGAGGCAGGAUGACCUGGAUUCGGUAGGCAAUCUCGUCCUGAGGGAAGAGGCGGGUUACUCUGGCACGGGCCACCUUGAUGCUAGGUCCCAGAAGCCUCCUGUGCGAGGCGUUGCCAAGGGCAAGAAGCCUGCUGCGAAAGGCCGUGGGUUCGCGAAGAGAGGCCCCCAAACGAGGGCCCCUACUUACGUUUAUGGCUGGACGGGUGGUCUGACUCCCGAUGCGAAAUGUACGAAUGGGUCGAAGGAGGACGGUUGCAGGUGUGACUCCAGAGGCACAUAUUUGUGCACAGACGACGAUCUCAAGACUCAGUGUUCAAAGGUUGGCUGCAAGAAAAAUAAUAGGGUACCUCCAUCAACCUCAUCCAAAUAUCAAGAACAAACACACUGA